AUGUUGAAAGCGGCAUCAGCAGGGCUGCUAUGGGUGCGCAGCUGGCGACCCAGGCUGCGUGUUAUUGAAAGCUGCGGUCAGAGCUGCUGCUUCUCUUCGUCUCAGCAGUCUGUGGGGACUCUUUUGGCAGAAAAAAAGGGAAAUAAAUUAAAAAUAAACUCAGAAAAGGAGUUAUUUGAGGAGGCAGUGGGGGCAGAAUGUCCAGCACACGAUGCAGGCGCGAACGACAGCCAGCGGGGGGAAGAAGAGGCAGCAGCAGCAGCUGCUGCUGCAGCAGCAGCCCCCUCCGCGCCCGCUGCAGCCCCUGCAGCAGAAUCUGCAGCAGCUGAGGAUGACUGGAUCUACGAGGCCAAGCCUGGGGGCCGCCUGCACUUCGAGGCGCACAAGCGGCUGAUGAUGCUCGCGUCCUCACCUGCAGCAGCAGCAGCAGCAGGAAACCCACCCUCAGCAGCAGCAGCAGCAGCAGGAAGCCCACCGUCAGCAGCAGCAGCAGCUGCUGCUGCUGCUGGCCCGGGGGAGCCACUGAACAUCUGGGGAGUGCCCCUAGUUCGCUACCUUCCUGCUGCUGAGCGUCAGCAGCAGCAGCAGUGCGAGCUGGGACUGCUGGUGAGGCGCCAGUGCAUGCAAGCUGCUGCAGAGUUUGGGUCUGCUGCAGAGCGUUUUGGGGUGUACAGACACCUCAGGGAGCCCGCUGCGGAACCGCAGGACGCUGCACUUGCUGCCAGCUUCAAAAGUGCAGAAAUGAAAUCUUAUUUGCUGUUUUUGGCUCCCCAUCUUCCUUCACUGGAGCUGCAGUGGGUCAUUUCGGGCUUCCUUUCUGUGCAUUUGCGCCACAUGGACCAGCAGCAGAUGCAGCACCUGCUGCAGCUGCUGCAGCUGCAGGAGCGGCCUCCAGCAGCAGCAACAGCAGCAGCAGCAGCAGGCUCUCAGGCAAGCGCAAAGUGCUCUUGUGGGCAAACGCGCUGCUGCUGGGGCCGCCAUCGGGUGAAGGGCAACAGCAGCAGCUGCAGCAAGAUCAACAGCCACACCAGCAGCAACAGCAGCAGCAGCAGCAGCGGGACCGGCAGCCACGGCAGUGGCACUGACAGUGACAGCCCUUGCAGCGACAACAGCAGCAGCAGCAGCAGCAGCGGGAGCUGCUGCUGCGACGGCUUGACAGCAGCCACCCUAGCGGACCUGCUGCGCUGCCGCGGCCCUCGCUGUGUGCCUCCUUGCUUGCGGGGAAAUAGUGCUCUUCGUCCUUUAUUUAGUUUUAUAAAUUCUAAUCAUCCUUUGCUUCCUUUUUUGCCGCCUCCUGGGGCUCUGCCUCCCGACUGA